UGAAGAUGUGCUGAGCCAGCAGUGUUUGGUGUGUGGCGUUACGACAGUCGCUGUCGAUUUACGGCCGCGUUGCGUCACACAAUAUUGCUCAGCAGAAGAAGAAGAGACGCAGCAGAUGUGUACUUCUGGAUCAACCGACCACACGCUGACUGAUGGGAAACACAGGAGGUCAUGAAAGAGAUUGAUACUGUGGGGGGUGAGAAAGAUGACAAGUGGGCUGACGGUGAAGAGAAUGCAGAGGAGGCUCCGAUGAAGCGUAGUUUCUCAGUCGAGGACCUUCUCGAUGAGGUGGAGAAGAUUUGUUACGAUGCUUCGGGGUCAUCAAAGGUGGAGAUGGUGGUGAGGCUGUGGAAGGACGGCUUCACUGUAAACGAUGAGGAGUUUCGCAGCUACUCCAUACCAGAGAACCAAGACUUCCUGGAUGCAAUCAAGAGGGGAGAGCUUCCAGCAGAGUGGGAGAGCAGAGCGGAAGAGCAGGAGCUGGAGAUCAAUGUGGAGGACCUGAUAGAGGAAAAUUAUGUUCCCAAGAAAAGGGCCUUUCACCCUUUUAGCGGCCGAGGAUACCGACUUGGCAGUGUUGCACCCAGAGUUGUGGCCAGGUCACCGUCUGUGCAUGAGGAUGGAGAAUCUCCUCCUAUUCCCAUGGUAACACUAGACCACGCCCUUCCCGUCACCUCCCUACAAAUCUGGUUGGCCGACGGCAGGAGAUUGGUUCAGAGGUUUAACCUAUCGCAUCGGAUCACCGACGUGCAAGAUUUCGUAGGGCGCUGCCAGAGGAGCUGCCCGCCUUUCGUCCUGACCACAUCGCUUCCUUUCCGAGAGCUCAGCGACAAAGAGUUGAGCCUGGAAGAGGCAGACUUGGCCAACGCUGUCAUUGUCCAGAGACCCCUGAACACACAGGCGCCGUUUGGACACUCCUGACCAACAGGGCCCUGUAAUUCACAUAACACGCCACUUCUCCUCCUCACCGACACACCCCCACCACCCAGAUAGCAACCUCAGCGCCCUCUGUAACUUAAAACCUUAAUAUUCAGCAGUUUGUGCUGCAUUUGAUGAUUGUUAUUUCCCUCUACAGUCUCUGUGUGGGAUUAUCUAAUGGAAAUGUUGUCUGUUACUUACAAAGGUGCUGCCGAGGUGUUGUCAAUACUCUGUCUUCUUCCUCUCGGGGGCAGUGUUUAUCUACCAGUGGAGCUCCCCUAAUUGCAGAAAAACCAUUAACACAAAACCAUAUCUAUCGCCCUGUGCAGAUGGCCGACCACGUAUGUCCAUCUGUUGGUUUACUACAUGGGACCCUGCAUUCACCCUUCCCCCAUAAUCCCACACCACCAACAGCCAGCACCAACAACCAACUCUCCAAAGUCUUCCCAAACUGUGAUAACCAUUUUUCUGCACUAUCUACAGUAAAAAAACAAGCAGCUGAUCUUCCAGUUUUUAUCGUGUAGGUUUACAAAAAUAUAUAUUGAACAUAUUAUACUUCUUUUGCACCAUACAUUAUAUGAUGAAAAGAAUAUAUAUAUAUAUAACAGCUUGCUAUUUAUCUUGGCCUGACUGAUAAGGUCCAUCAGUUUUUGUGCCAAUUUGCCUUUUUUUGCGGGACGAGAUUAAAUAAAAAAUGUAAUUUGUAUUCUUUCAUUUGACUGCAUCACACAUCACGGGACAAUAAAAAUCUUCCUCAAA